CCCAUUUUCCACUAUGGUGGGCGAGCGGCUUCAAAGUUUUGAAGAUAUUUAUGAUUUCCUCUUUCUUUAUUGGAGUUGUAAGAAAGCAGGUUUUGGUCGGCAGCGCUUAUUGAAGAACAGAACCAAGCCUGCGUCAUUCGCUAUUGAUCGAAGAAAACCAAGCGAAUGGCGAAAUGUCAGCUCUGCGAUCGAUAGGGAGAGAGUGGCCUACGAUCAGCUAGCUCAACCGUUGCUUGCUUGUUGGUUGAUAUUUUUCUUAAACUGUGUCGAACAUGGCAGAGACCAACACAAAUUCUACAUCAAAGAGAUUAGCAGUUGUUACAGGAGCCAAUAAAGGGAUUGGAUUGGAGAUAUGUCGCCAAUUAGCCUCCAAUGGUGUAGCAGUGGUUUUGACAGCCAGAGAUGAGAAGAAAGGUGUUGAAGCUGUUGAGAAGCUCAAAGGGUCUGGACUAUCUGAUGUGGUUUUUCAUCAGCUGGAUGUGAAGGACCCUGCUAGAAUUGCUUCCCUAGGUCAUUUCAUCAAAACCCAUUUUGGAAAGCUUGAUAUCUUGGUGAACAAUGCAGCUGUCUCUGGAAUCAAAAUAGAUGAUGAUGCUUGUGAAGCCCUAAUGACAAUAGAUGCUUCUCAAGAAGUUAAGGAAGCUAAAUUUAGACAACUGGCAAGGCAAACAUAUGAGACGGCCCAAGAAUGUGUACAAGCAAACUACUAUGGAACCAAAAGAGUGACUGAAGCACUUCUUCCUAUCCUUCAGUUAUCUGAUUCACCGAGAAUUGUAAAUGUUUCUUCCUCAUCAGGGAGGCUACAGAAAGCAAAGAUGCUGAAGGCUCAGUUGCUUCAGUCAACUACAACUGUUCAUCGUCCCCUUCCACUCCUUCACAAGCCCUUCAUUUUAGGCAAUGGGAGUAUUACUGUAAGGCUCCUCCCCAAUGGGCCACAAAGAACAGUAGCUCUUUGGCGAAACUUGAAGAACUGUUCCAUUAAGGCAAUUUCCAAUGAUACUAACAUCGAUAAUGUGAUUGAUGAGACAAUCAAUAGAAUUGUUUUUCUGCCGGAUUUCAUCUUUGGAACGGCAUCAUCUGCUUAUCAGGUUCGUCCAUAG